AGUUAAAAAAAAAAAAAAACGUCUCUGUGGGACUUGCCUUGUGUCUUCGUCAGGAAGCUACAAUUUUAUUUCUAGCCUUUUAAUUUUGUCUUCGUGAAAGAUAUCUUGAUGUUUCGUAGUAGUAUUGUAGAAUAUUAUGCAGAUAGCCAGGACAGAUGUGGCUACUGCAAAAGUCCCAAUACGAAUUUCACCCACGGUAUGUGGGCACAUUCCAUGACUGUGGGUGACUAUCAAGAUCUCAUCGAUAGGGGCUGGCGGAGAUGUGGAAAAUAUUGUUACAAACCGACAAUGGAAGUUACUUGCUGCCCUAUGUACACUAUAAGGUGCAGAGCAUUAGAAUUUAAAGCUACAAAGUCUCAGAAGAAAGUAUUGAAGCGUUUUAAUAAUAUUUUAGGACAAGAUGCAAAUGAGAAAUCUGAGAUGGCUGGAGAUGGCAAUCGGAAGAUGUCUACUUGCAGCAGUGAGGCUGAUAUAGCAGAGGGGGUGGAGCAAUUCCUGGAGAGUACAAAUGUGCCACAGAAUAUUAAUAUUAGCAACAUUGUGAAGGCAGAUGAAGAAGAGGCUUUUGAAGACCCUAAAGAGCAGUGUAAAGGAACCCAAAGUAGAAUUAGAAUCUACUUCAAGCCAGUAAGCAAACCAUUAGAUAAGAGUAAGCCUAAAGAAGUGAAAAAAGGUGAGGGCUACAACCCAGCUAAAGCUCCCAGUAAAAAAGCAAAGCAAAUUAGAUUGGAGAGGAAAAUGGAAAAACUUAAGGAAAAAGGAAUUGAUAUCAGUUCUUUGUCUAACACAAACAAAAAUAAGGAAAAAGAAGUAGAGGAUUUUAUAAAUGAAUUACCCGAUGAUGUCAAACAUAAACUAGAGAUAAAAUUAGUGAGAACUGCACCUCCAAGCCCGGAAUGGGAGGCAACCAUGAAAGAAACUUGUGAAGUUUAUGCCAAGUAUCAGACGGUCAUACAUAAUGAUAAGCCUGAAAAGUGUACACCAACUAAGUUCCUCAGCUUUUUAGUGCAGAGCCCAUUGCUGGAAGAGCAUAGUGACUCUGCCCCGCCUUGUGGUUACGGCUCCUUCCACCAACAAUACUGGCUGGACGGAAAACUCAUAGCCGUGGGUGUCAUAGACAUACUGCCCAAGUGUGUCUCAUCGGUUUACUUCUUCUAUGACCCAGCUUACACUCAUCUUACAUUGGGCACUUAUGGAGCUUUGAGGGAGAUAGCCUUCACCAGGCAACUGCAGUCAGUCAGUCCCGCGCUAAAGUAUUACUACAUGGGCUACUACAUCCACUCCUGCAAGAAGAUGCGGUACAAGGGCAACUUCUAUCCCUCCGACCUCGCCUGCCCUGAGACUUACAAAUGGUUCCCUUUAAAGGACUGUAUCCCUAAGCUCGAAGCCACGCCAUACUCUAGACUAGACCCGGACAUUGACAGUGUAGAUCAUAACUACCCUAAAGAUGACGAUAUGAAUUAUGUACCGGUGCUGGCCAAAGGUGUUGUAAUGCCAUAUAAAACUUAUAAGAGGAAAAGUAAGAAAGGUAACUUUGAAGAGAUGUUGCAGCAGUAUUCGCAGUUAGUUGGAGCUGUUUGUGCCAAGCGGAUGAUAUUAGUAAGUCAAUGAGAGUAUACUGUAGAAAAUGUUCUUUCUAGUUUAAUUCCCACCUUCAAUGUAAAUCUGUUUGUUCUUUGUACUUAAAUAGUGUUUUGUGAUGAAUAAUACAUUUAGUGUUAUAUGCUUUCGUCAUUUAGGUAAUUGCAAAGUUGGUUUACAGGUUGAUUCACGAAGUUGGCGUGAAUGGAAUGAACGAAGCUUAUAGUGUGUGAGUGACACCUGCUAACUGUCAAGAGCCACCAUAUUAUUGGCUAAUUUGUCCCACACAUAGAUAUUUUCAUUCAUUCAAUCAUUCAUGCCAACUCUUAUGAAUUGACCAGUACUUCUCAAUGUUUUCAUACAAGUUACAGGAGUCUGUAUCAACCCCCUUACUAGUAGUUUAUCAUCAGAAUAAGAUCCAUAGUUGCUCAACAAAUUUACAAAUAUUUCAUGAACAUAAUUUUUCUCAAUAAGUAGCUAUUCUCAAUAAUAAUAUUCGUCCAAUUAUUGAUAUAUUGAUUUGAUUAUGCCUAACUAGUCAUAGUUAAUAAUCCGUAAGUUUAAUUAUAGUUUUCUGAUUAUAAUUUUGUUUAAUGUACUACAAAGCAGACCAUUACGCACAGCUAAUACCAUAGAUAAGUGGUCUUUAAAAAUAUUUCUUCUAGCAAGUUUUAAGGUUAGAAGACAAUUAAUUCAACCAAAUUAUUUGUGAUGUUUUCGAAUAAUUGAUAAAGUGACGCAUUUUUUAAACUGUGUGCAUCACAGCAACAUUAUAACGGGGGCGCGGGACCGUGGGACAAGUGCACACAGCACAUCACACAUUACCUAACUAAUAGUUAGGGGUAGAGGGGGAGUCCCAUUUCAUUUUUGACGGCAGGGAGCUUAAAAACAGGUAACCCCCACCUAGGCACAUAGCGCUAAUUAAUAACAAAAACGCUACGCUAUUGAAAACGCCACAGUACAUACCUACCUAUCUUAAUCAAAUAAGGGGCCCGUUUCUCAAAACUGAAAGUUACAAGUUACAAGCGGAAGUCUCUUUCCAACUUGUCAUAUUAGACAUUGUAAAUUGUAACUUG